CCCCCCUCAAACUUCUCUCUGUUUAUAUAAUGCGUCGACAAACAAAUAUCCCAAAUUUUUACUGUUGAUAAAAUUCUCUCUCUUUCUUUCUCAGUGUGUGUAACAUAACGGAAAAUUGAGGCGGUGUGAGGUGUGUGUCAUCUUUCCUGCGACGGCGAUGAGCAGCGGCGGUUCGCCGUACCGGAGACACCGGAAGGAUAUAGAGUCCGGUGGCGGAAGUAACGGCGGUUUUCUUGAAUAUGAUGGCUCGAAUAAGGAUCCUUUUGACAUUGUUCGAACUAAAAGUGCAUCUGUUGAUAGACUUAAGAGAUGGAGGCAAGCGGCACUUGUGUUGAAUGCUUCCCGUCGUUUUCGAUACACCUUGGAUUUAAAGAAGGAGGAAGAGAAGAGACAAGCACUAGCAAAGAUCAGAACUCAAGUACAAGUUGUACGAGCAGCCUACCUUUUCCAAGUUGCUGGAGAAAAACCUGAUGGAACUCCGAAAGCACCCCCAUCUCCUAUUCCUACAGGUGCUUAUGAUGUUAGCCCAGAACAACUUGCUUCGAUGACAAGCGACCAUGAUUUUUCUGCCUUGCAAACCUUUGGAGGGAUCAAUGGGUUAGCAGAAAAGUUGAAGACGAAUCCCGAUAAAGGAAUUAAUGAUGACGAAUCAAAUAUACUAGAUAGGAAAAAUGUGUUUGGGUCAAACACUUACCCUCGGAAAAAGGGACGCAGCUUUUGGAGAUUUCUGUUGGAUGCUUGCCGUGAUACCACCUUAAUUAUUUUGAUGGUUGCUGCUGCUGCUUCUUUGGCACUUGGGAUAAAAACCGAGGGUAUCAAAGAAGGAUGGUAUGAUGGGGGAAGCAUAGCUCUGGCUGUUAUAAUUGUCAUAGUUGUUACAGCUGUUAGUGACUAUAAACAAUCACUGCAAUUUCAAAACCUAAAUGAGGAGAAGCAGAAUAUACAAUUGGAGGUUGUAAGGGGUGGACGAAGGGUGUUCAUUUCAAUAUUUGAUAUCGUUGUGGGGGAUGUCAUACCUCUGAAAAUUGGUGAUCAGGUUCCAGCUGACGGGGUUCUAAUUUCGGGUCACUCUCUUUCUAUUGAUGAAUCAAGUAUGACCGGGGAGAGUAAAAUUGUGCAUAAAGAUCACAAAUCACCAUUUUUAAUGUCUGGAUGCAAGGUUGCUGAUGGCUAUGGUACUAUGCUGGUAACUAGUGUGGGAAUAAGAACAGAAUGGGGGUUGCUGAUGGCUAGCAUCUCAGAAGACAACGGUGAAGAAACACCAUUACAGGUUCGCCUGAAUGGAGUUGCGACCUUUAUUGGAAUUGUUGGGCUUGUGGUAGCCGUAUCUGUUCUUGCCAUCCUGCUCAUAAGGUUUUUCACUGGGCAUACAAAGGAUGAAGAAGGAAGAGUAGAAUUUAUUGCUGGCAAAACUAGCGUUGGAGAUGCUGUUGAUGGUGCAAUCAAAAUUUUUACUGUCGCCGUCACUAUUGUUGUGGUUGCGGUGCCAGAAGGACUUCCAUUAGCUGUCACCUUGACACUUGCAUACUCGAUGCGGAAAAUGAUGGCGGACAAAGCAUUGGUUAGGAGGCUAUCUGCUUGUGAAACAAUGGGUUCCGCAACCACAAUCUGUAGUGAUAAAACUGGAACCUUAACAUUGAAUUUGAUGACUGUGGUUGAGGCUUAUAUUUGUGGGAAGAAAGUUGAUCCACCAAACAAUAUUGCAGAGUUACCAUCAAGGAUUGUAUCUCUUCUUAUUGAAAGUGUAGCUCAGAAUACAACCGGGAGUGUAUUUUUGCCCGAGGGUGGUAAAGAUGUUGAGAUUUCCGGAUCACCAACUGAGAAGGCAAUUCUUCAGUGGGGAGUUAAUCUUGGAAUGAAUUUUGAAGUGGUAAGGUCAGAGUCUUCAAUUAUUCAUGCAUUCCCAUUCAACUCAGAGAAAAAAAGAGGCGGUGUUGCAGUGAGACGGUCUGAUUCUGAGGUUCACGUACACUGGAAAGGGGCUGCUGAAAUCGUCUUAGCUGCAUGUACGAGAUACAUGGACAAUAAUGAGCAGCUUGUUCCCCUAGAUGAUGCCAAGGUAGAAUAUUAUAAAAAAGCAAUCGAAGAUAUGGCUAGUGGAAGUUUGAGGUGUGUUGCUAUUGCCUACCUACCACUGAAAGGGGAAUCUGUGCCGUCAGAUGAGGAAGAAUUGACAAACUGGGAAUUGCCCGAGACUGAUCUUGUUUUGCUUGCAAUAGUUGGUUUGAAGGAUCCUUGUCGACCUGGUGUCAGAGAAGCUGUCCAAUUGUGUGUGAAGGCUGGUGUGAAGGUGAGAAUGGUUACUGGUGACAAUCUCCAAACUGCCAAAGCAAUUGCAUUGGAAUGUGGAAUACUAGGGUCGGAUGCCGACGCUGCUGAGCCAAAUCUGAUAGAAGGGAAAUCGUUCCGGGCCAUGACAGAAGCACAAAGGCUAGAUAUAGCUGAUAGGAUAUCGGUGAUGGGGCGGUCUUCUCCUAAUGAUAAACUGCUACUUGUGCAAGCGCUAAGGAAGACAGGGCAUGUUGUUGCCGUUACUGGAGACGGAACUAAUGAUGCCCCUGCAUUACAUGAGGCUGAUAUUGGUCUUGCUAUGGGAAUCGCUGGAACUGAAGUGGCCAAGGAAAGUAGUGACAUUAUCAUCUUAGAUGACAACUUUGCUUCUGUUGUAAAGGUUGUUCGGUGGGGAAGAUCUGUUUAUGCAAACAUUCAGAAAUUUAUUCAAUUCCAGCUUACUGUUAAUGUUGCUGCUCUUGUAAUUAAUGUUGUGGCAGCAGUGUCCUCUGGUGAUGUGCCCCUCAAUGCAGUACAGCUUCUUUGGGUGAAUCUUAUAAUGGAUACUCUCGGUGCACUUGCACUGGCCACUGAACCACCGACCGACCACCUGAUGGAUAGACACCCCGUUGGCCGCAGGGAACCGCUGAUUACAAAUAUUAUGUGGAGAAAUUUAUUGAUACAGGCUUUUUAUCAAGUAUCGGUUCUUCUUGUACUCAAUUUCGGAGGCAGACAAAUCUUGCACUCGCAACAUGACCCUAAUGAACAUGCUAUCAAAGAGAAAAACACUCUCAUUUUCAAUGCUUUUGUCUUUGCUCAGAUAUUCAAUGAAUUCAAUGCUCGGAAGCCUGAUGAAAUGAAUGUUUUUAAAGGAGUUACUAAAAAUCGUCUAUUCAUGGGAAUCGUGGCCCUAACUGUGGUUCUUCAAGUUUUAAUAGUGAUGUUUCUUGGGAAAUUUACAACCACUGUAAGGCUGAGCUGGCAACUAUGGCUCGCUUCUAUUGUAAUUGGCAUUAUCAGUUGGCCCCUGGCGGUUGUUGGGAAAUUGAUACCUGUCCCUGAGAAGCCCUUCAGUGAAUAUAUUACUGGGAUCUUUGCAUGUUGCAAACCACAUAGAGAUAGAGGUUCAUCUAAAGGAAAUGAGGAUGAUUCUUGAGUACAGGCAGUUCGUAGAUGAGUACAAUUGUCUUGUUUUAGUUUUUGGUCUUCUGGACAUAGUCAAAUCUAACGGGUAACAGCAACUUAUACAUCUAACAAUAUGGUUGAGCUUUCUUGAGAUUUGCGUCAAGAAUUUAAGCUCUUUUGGAUCUGUUUUAACUGGAAUUGUGUUCGGAUGGUGAACUGUUUGAGGGUCUAGUGCUUGAUGUUAUCAUUUUGUUAUUUGGUGUGUUUCCUUCUGCGUGAGCCUAAUCCGAACAAGCUGUACAUGCUGGAAUAGUUUGUUUUUUAUGUUAAUUACCCCCUUUGUUUAUUCA